CACAUCUAUUUGGUUUUACAGAACUUUAACUUUUUAAAAAUUAUUUUUCAUAUUUAAUUUUUUAAGUAAUAAAAAAGGCACUAUCAUAAAAUAUCACGUCGCAGAAAAAAACCCAACACUCUUGUAUUGGCUAUUGGUUAGAGCAAAACUUACUUUGGUGUGACAGUUUUUAACCUUACCUAAAGAAAAGCAUAUUUGGUAACGUGAGCUGUUCAUUUCAUUUUUAUUUGACAACUUUUGUUCUACUUAGUGGUGUCAGGUUCAAUACAGGGCAAUAGCAAAAUUUUAAGAAUAAUAUUAUUCUUAUUGUCACCUUGAAACAGCAGAGCUGAUCAGCUCAGGGUCAAAUUGGGUAGCAAGCAUACCCAUUUCUCAGAUCACUACACCUUCUACUUACUUUCCUGAAAUGGUAAGCGAAUUUCAUAGUCAGGGUAGUAUCAGGUAUUGAUGAAUCUGGUCACAGCUAGAAGAAUUUUUUUAUAGGGCCUUGCAUAGCUAUAUAUUGUGACUGGUUACCUGCUACCAAGGAUCAAGCUGUACAGGUUUUAGUUAUGGAAAAAUAUGUCCAUUCAUUACUCAUGCUGCUUUGGGAUUUCUUUCAUGUAUUACAACUAAAAUACUGCUAGAUCUGGAUAUGUGCUAUUAGACUGCAAGCCUAAGUUUUCAGGUUGGCAAGAUUUCUCAACAAAAAAAGAUCUAGAAAAAAAGCCUACAUCUCUGAUAACUAGCCAAAAUUUGGCUAUACUCAGAAGUAGCUGCACAUAUUUCUCACUAAUGUAGAUGUUUGGGGGAAGAAUUAGUGCAUUGCCGAAUUUCAUGAAAAGUAACAUUUUUAACAUUAACAAGCUGAGAUUUGAGUUUCAAAUAUAUGCCACACUUCACAUAGUUUUAAUGUUUCUAAUUCACAAGUUCAUCACAUAUUCUCUCCCUCCUGGUGUAUCAAAUAUAAAAUGGGCAACCAAAUGUAUCCUUAUGCAAUCUGUUAAUGACUGGGAACAUAAGACAAUUUGGAAAGCAGUGAUACAACUCUAGUUAAAUGCUAUGUGGGCUAAUUAUAGUUUCUUUAAUUUUCGUAGCUAUAUUAUGAAAAAAGUUAAUUGAAGAAAUGGCAACUGCAAAUUACACCACAGUGACAGAAUUUGUUCUCACUGGCCUAUCCCAGACUCGGGAGGUCCAACUAGUCCUAUUUGCUAUAUUUCUAUCCUUCUAUUUGUUCAUCCUACCAGGAAAUAUCCUUAUCAUUUGCACCAUCAAGCUUGACCCUCAUCUGACUUCUCCUAUGUAUUUCCUGUUGGCUAAUCUGGCUUUCCUUGAUAUUUGGUACUCUUCCAUUACAGCCCCUAAAAUGCUCAUAGACUUCUUUGUGGAGAGGAAGAUAAUUUCCUUUGGUGGAUGUAUUGUACAGCUCUUCUUCUUACACUUUGUUGGGGCAUCAGAGAUGUUCUUGCUCACAGUGAUGGCCUUUGACCGUUACGCUGCUAUCUGCCGACCCCUCCACUAUGCUACUAUCAUGAAUCGACGUCUCUGCUAUAUCCUGGUGGCUCUCUCCUGGAUGGGAGGCUUCAUUCAUUCUAUAAUACAGGUGGCUCUCAUUGUUCGACUUCCUUUCUGUGGGCCCAAUGAGUUAGACAGUUACUUCUGUGACAUCACACAGGUUGUCCGGAUUGCCUGUGCCAACACCUUCCCAGAGGAGUUAGUGAUGAUCUUUAGCAGUGGUCUGAUCUCUGUGAUGUGUUUCAUUGCUUUGUUAAUGUCCUAUGCCUUCCUGCUGGCCAUGCUCAAGAAACUCGGAGGCUCAGGUGAGAAUACCAACAGGGCCAUGUCCACCUGCUAUUCCCACAUUACCAUUGUGGUGCUAAUGUUUGGGCCAUCCAUCUAUAUUUAUGCUCGCCCAUUUGACUCUUUUUCCCUAGAUAAAGUGGUGUCUGUGUUUCAUACUGUGAUAUUCCCUUUACUUAAUCCCAUUAUUUACACAUUGAGAAACAAGGAAGUAAAGACAGCCAUGAGGAAGCUGAUCACCAAAUAUAUUUUGUGUAAAGAGAAGUGAAAGAUAAAUAAUAGAUCUUACAGUCCUCCUAAGGAUCAUUGUUGUAAAGCAGGAAGUAUUUGUAGUAAUAAUGCUGCAUUUACUUCCUCCUUUGAUUUGUGUUCUUAAAAUUUUACUAUACGUUUUCUCUAUUAAUUCCUCUUUAUAUGGACAAAAUAGAGGCACUAAGAUGAAAAUAAAUUCUCACACCCACCCUGAAAUUCCCACCAGAUCAUUAUUAGAAUUUGAGCUAUAAUAAUGAUCUGCUAAAGUGCAUUUUAACAAUUGUUUAUUGAGUAACACUCUGCAGAGGCUUUGCCUCUGAGGAGAUUGUGUUGAGAAAUAAAAAUAAGACCUGGAGACAUGUUCAUCAUAAAUAUGAAGUAAAUAGCAAGCAUAUGAAUGAAGCUAGCUUCAAGUUAGCAAAUAAAUAUUGUUGUCAUGUUUUAGUGUUGGCUCAGUGGAAUUGUAUCUGGUAAACCAUCUUGCUGGGUCUGGAAAAACAGAUUAUUUGUCCUUUAUCUCCUCUUGUUGCCAGAGUUAAUAAUGGAAAUGAGGACUCAUUUAUAUAAGGUAUUUCAGUUUAUAUUUCAGCUGGUGUCCAUUCAACAGUUUGGAGACAAAACUCAAAAUUUUAUCACAUUACUGAAACAAUUUUUAUGAAUUCAAAUCAGAGUUGUAAUUUGCUUGCUACACAAGAUUGAUCUCAUUCCAGAUGAAGCCUCCAGGCAACUAGCAGUUUUUGUAGCCAGUCCCUACUUAAAUCCUUCAGAGUGAAAGUAGGCUUGGGGAGAAAAGAUUCUAGGUUGACUGGGAUUGGUAGACACUUAGCUGUGUAAUUUUUAAAAACCAUUAUCUCCUUUGCCACUUUUGUAUGUUUUCCAUAAUUGCUAAUUCUGCCUCUCAUGUUAAACUUAAUUGGUAGGGUGCUGCUUUUGUUAGCACUUAAUUCUGAGUUCUUUCCCAUGAACCAUUUUUUAGUGCACAUAGAAGAGACCUAAAAGUUUUGGUUCCCAUGAUUCCUUAGAGAAUUAUUAAGGAUUGAGUUCCUAUUCUCAGGCACUAAAAACUCAUUUACUCUCUAUGCUUCAGAACGUAAAAUUAGAACAGAAUGUAGAUUAGAACAUUUGAUAUAAUAGGUUAUGUUUAUUACUUAAAUUUAAGUUUUUAAUUUCAAAACUAGGUAUUCUUUUCAUGGAAGGGCAAGAAUACAUUGGGUGUAUUAAGCUUUAGUCUUCUUUUUUAAAUUUGAUAAUGUAAUAUGGGCUAAAUUUUAAAUUAAUUUGAUUCUUGUCAA